CGGUUGAGAAGAAAAAAAACCCACUAUGACAGAUCCUUUGUCAACAAAACUCAGAUGGGACUUUGUUCAAUAAAACAAUAGUUUGAGCAUUUAUCACCAAAAAAAAGGGCUUUGUUUAUCUGUCUUAAAGCUUUGUAGGCUUCUGGGUUUUGCUCCUCUCUUUUUCAAUUUUUCUUACAAGGGACUUACCAUAAUUGUACGGCAAGUAUAUCUGUUUCCCGGACUUCACAUAUUAUGUAGCUCAAAACGACAGUGAACAAGUACUAAUAUUGAAAGUAUUUUGCGGUUCUAUCUGGAGUGUCUCUUCUCAAGAUCCGAAAGUUGUAAGCUGAUAAUCUAGUUUUACACAGAAUAUUACUCAAGGAGAACUUGAAGAGGAUUGGCUUGGAUGCUGCCCAAUUUUAGUCAAUUUGAGGGUUCAAUUUUUGGAAACUAAUAUGUCCGCAGGGACUGAUUACCCAACUCCACUUUCUAUAGUAGAUGGAAGCUACAGAAAGGUGAAUGUUACUGUGAUGAGAGAUGACAAGUCUGAAACUCAGGAGUUCUUAAAAGAGUCUCCAAACAUUGGGAAACCUCCUCGCCAUGUGUCGUCAAUCCAGCAUUCUGUAAGCUCUGCCCAGUUGGCUCAUGGCACUGAACUGGAAUGUGAUGGUGGGAUUGUUAGCUCUAGGCUGCCAUCAGAUUCUAACUCAACAUUUGUACCGAUUUUUCGUUCUGGAAGUUGUUCAGAGAUCGGAUCAAAACCAUAUAUGGAGGAUGAGCACAUAUGUAUUGACAAUCUUCUUGAACAUCUAGGUGCAACAGAAAAUUUCCCUUCUCCUGGAGCUUUCUAUGGGGUAUUUGAUGGCCAUGGUGGUUCAGAUGCAGCUUCAUUCAUCAGAGAGAAAAUUUUAAGGUUUAUAAUCGAGGACAUCGACUUUCCGUUCUGCAUGGAGAAGGCUAUUAAGAGUGCUUUCCUGAAUGCUGACCACGCUUUUGCUGAUGAUGACUCUCUUGAUAGAUCCUCUGGUACUACGGCACUGACUGCCCUUAUAUUUGGAAGGACGUUGUUGAUUGCCAAUGCUGGAGACUGUCGAGCUGUGCUGGGGAAACGAGGAAGGGCGGUUGAGUUGUCAAAGGAUCAUAAACCCAAUAGUAGUUCUGAAAGAUCAAGAAUUGAAAAACUAGGUGGGGUUGUCUAUGAUGGCUACCUCAAUGGCCAACUAUCUGUAGCAAGGGCUCUUGGGGACUGGCACAUGAAAGGUCCCAAAGGCUCUUUAUGUCCCCUAAGUGCAGAGCCAGAGCUUCAGGAGACAAUUCUGAGUGAGGAAGAUGAGUUUUUGAUUCUAGGCUGUGAUGGCUUGUGGAACGUGAUGAGCAGCCAGUGUGCAGUCACAAUGGCAAGGAAAGAGUUGAUGCGUCACAGUGAUCCUGAAAGAUGUUCAAGAGAGUUAGUCAGGGAGGCCCUAAAGCGAAACUCUUGCGACAACCUGACCGUCGUCAUUGUUUGUUUCUCAGCCGACCCACCACCUCGGCUUGAAUUCCCAAAACUCAAGUUCAAUAGGAGCAUAUCUGCAGAAGGUUUGAAUCUUCUUCAGGAGGCCCUGGAUAGUGGUGUAUAACCAGGGUUUAUGACUUGUAAUCUCUGAAUGGCAAUGAACAAUCGCUAAAUCAGUUUCAUUUUUUCUUUCUUCUUUUAGAGAAAUCAGUUUCAUUUAUAAGGUCAUGUCUUUGUUUCUUGGGAAAUUUUACUUUUGUAGUACGUAGCAUUUGUUACAAUCUCUCUCUUGUACAUAAAUAGAUUGGAUCAUACGUUUAUAUUAUUUUAAAAAUACUUCUCAA